UUGAUGUCCUAAUGAUGUUAAUUUAAAAUGGACAGGAAUGCUUACACUCUGGUGCUUCACGGGCAUGGAGAGAUGUUAUACUCUCGACUCCAGGAAGUUGUCACAGAAUAUCUGGUAGAAAAGGUAUGCCACGAUGUAUUGCUUUCACACCAUGACAACUUCCUGGACACACUGAAUACUGCCUGGAGUAGGUAUCAGGAAUCGAUGGAAUUUAUUAGAGAUAUCCUUAUGUACAUGGACAGAGUUUAUGUUCACCAAAAUGGUGUUCACGAUGUUCUCACGUUAGGAUCAAUUCUUUUUAGGGACUUGGUAAGUUUUUUUUGAAAUUAUUUUCCCGAUUGUUAUACAGUGGAACCUCGUCAAUCCGGUCACCAAUGGGCCGCAAAAAUCUGGCCGUAUUAAAGGGUUCUUUAAAUACGAAAAUGGCUGACCGAGCUUUUGUUCGGGCAAGAAUAAAGUAGCCGUAAUAACGAGGUGGCCGUACUAACGGGGUGGCCUUAAGGCGGGGUUCCAACCGUGGCAAUAAUUUGUGCCAAAUCACUCAUAUGCACUUUGAUUUCGUGACUCCUAAGGGCCUUAAAAUCACUUCAAACUAUGGGAAGAGAGUGGAGAAAAAAAAAGUUGGACAUUCCUUGUAAUUUGCAUAUCGUCUACUUUAUAUCGGCUCUGGCGAAAACACUGUUUUCAUAAAUCCAGACAUGUUUAUAUUUUGGUAACAAUCAAAUUGCCGUCAAAGUUUUAUGCGUUUGUCCUUGUAUUGAUUGCAUAUGAAAUCAUUGUUAUGGCUGCACGGGUUUGCCUCAUGAUCCACAGACUACUUAGUCAAUGUUAUAAUGAGAUUCACAGUCAAUAAGAGGACAUGCGCAUAGCUUUUCACAACAACAAAAAGCGAAAAUGGUCAGAAGUAAACUGGUGAAUCUUUUAGACAAGAGCUGCUGUUAAGUAAAAGUAUGAGAGAACCAGAAACAAGAUUUCCAUGAUUCUAU